GGAGAAUUCUUUUUUCUUUUAAAAUAUUGAUCAGCAAUAAAACGAAAGUUCUUUCCACUCGCAAAUAUUUACCAAAGCCACAGGUAACUUCAGAGGAAGCACAUAACUCAGAGACAAAGAAUCAAACAAUAACCAGACUCAGCCUAAUGGUGUAUUCGUUCGCUUCUGACUACAGUGAGGGUUGCCACCCUUCCAUCCUCGAGGCCCUAGCCGCAAUGAAUUUUGAGCAAAAUCCGGGGUAUGGUGUUGAUAAGCACACCAUGGAGGCGGCUGCGAUGAUUCGGGAGAUUGUUCAGCAGCCCAACGCGGAUGUGCACUUGAUGGUUGGUGGCACCAUGGUCAAUAGCAUCGCCAUCGACCUCGCGCUACGCCCAUACGAGGCAGUGAUCAGUCCGACCACAGGCCACAUCAACACACUGGAGACAGGUUGUGCUGAGCGCUUUGGGCAUAAGAUCCUCACCACGGAGGGUGUCAAUGGGAAACUAACAGCCGAAAGGAUUGACAGCAUCCUAAAGAGCUACGAUUGCGUGCAUAUGCCGGUGCCCAAGCUGGUGUACAUCACCAACACAACUGAGAUCGGCACCAUCUACACUAAGGAAGAGCUCUCCGAAGUGUCCCAAUUCUGCCGCCAAAAUGGCUUGUAUCUGUUCAUGGAUGGCGCACGUCUGCCCUCCGCGUUGAUGGCAUCAGGCAACGACCUCACCUUGCCCGACAUUGCAAGUAUGGUCGACGCGUUCACGAUCGGGCUGGGCAAGAGCGGCGCGUUGUUUGGGGAGGCCCUUGUGAUCAUGCACGAUAACCUCAAGCCCGGUGCCCGGCACCUCAUAAAGCAGCACGCCGGGCUCCUAUCCAAGGGGUGGCUGAUAGGCGUGCAAUUCAAGGCCCUGCUGCAUGACAAUAUCUACCUCAAGCUUGCUGAACACGCGAACCGCACUGCAAUGAUCCUGAAGCGUGGUAUACAGUCAUGCGGGUAUGCGUUCUGGACGGACUCGAUGACGAAUAUCCAGUUUCCUAUACUCCCUCCGCAUGUCGUAAAGCAGCUGGACGAACACUUCGCAUCCCAUGUCGAGAAGGUGCUCCCCCAUGGCGGGAUGGUUGUGAGGUUUUGCACGUCGUGGGCCACGAAAGAGGAGGAAUGUGUCCGCUUUGUUGAGAUGCUCCGUGAGAUCACUAAUAAGGGUCAAAAUUAACUAAUAUUAUUUUUAUUUUCACAGUAGAAAGCCCAGCACAAGAGGGCUAAGCCACAAGUAAACAAAUCUCGUGGUGCUAUCAAAUUCGUAAAACCUUAAUUAUAAAGAAUUGGUGUUUUGGCGUUUUUUUCCUUAGGGUUUAUUGAGAACGAAUCUCGGACUCAUUUUUCUUAACUUCUAUUUUAUGGAACUAUUAUUAUGAAUAUUACGAUUUCAUGGACGACCUCCUAUCAAAAUACUAGGCUUAAUCAUAAUCCAUAUUUUCUCGGUUCAAAAUUGUUGCGUGUUUUUGUUUUUCUUAAAUGCAUAUGCAUGUACGUGAGUGUUAGAAAAUAAAAA